AUGUUUGCAUUGAUACUAUCCAUCAGUAAAUGCUUAAUUGAUUUGACAUUUACUGAACGCAUACAAAUUUCAUUUUCUAAUCUACCAUCAGCAAGUUGUGUAUCUUCAACUCUAACUAAAUUGAAAAUUAAUGUAAGCACUUUUGAUGAUUGUCUUUAUCUUCUUGAUGGACGCCUUCAACAUUUGUCUAUAUUGAUCAUUGAUAUAGAUGAAAUUAGCGAUUCAUCAUCGAAUAUAGAUAAUACAAAAAAUCUUCCCAAGUUGAAAUGUUUAACACUAACAUCGCAGUGGUAUACAUAUUUCUAUAACGAUCUUAUUUUUCCAUUACUUCUUUCGAUAAUAAGAAAUGUUACGACUUAUAUUGAUGGCACUCAAUUACACAAUGAUUUUCUCAUUAAUAUGCCACGAUUAAACAAAUUCAUUUUUAGUAUACACACUUAUAUUAUCAACGACCGCAUUGAAAUUGAUCUUCCAUCGAAGAACGAUAUUCUCAAUAGUUUCCUCGAAAGAGGGUAUCAACAAGUGCAUUCGUACGCUGAUGAGAAACUCACGUUUAAUAGAGACUUCUGCCAUGUCUAUUCACUUCCAUAUCACUUCAACGAUUUUAUAUUUAUGACCAAUGGUUUUCAAGGUGGUACCUUCAGUAAACUUUCAACUUGUUUAUUUCGUGAAGGUACUGGUCCAAAUAUUGAUAGUGUUACUAAAAGUACAAAUAAACAAACCGAUGGACCAACUUAUGGAGUGUUUUUAGAAACAGCUGAUAUUUAUAUUGGUAAAAAAAUAAAUACAUAUUUUUACUACUGUUUGUUACUUAUCUUGAAAAAUAAGUUAGAAAAUUAA